AUGAAGGAGAUUGCUACAAUCCAACAAGGUACAUCCACGAUUCCUACUUAUCAUACAAGACUGAAGAUUCUUUGGGAUGAAUAUGCUUCAAUGCUUCUGCCUGCUAGCUAUACUUGUCUUGUUUCUAAAGUCACCAAAGAGCAUGAACAAACCCAAAAGGUUAUGCAAUUUCUUAUGGGUUUAAAUGAGAAUUAUUCGGCAGUCCAAAGUUCUAUCUUGUUGAUGAAUCCAUUACUGACAAUUAAUAUGGCUUAUUCAAUGCUCAAUCAAGAAGAGAAACAGCGAGAAAUUACAAACACUAUCAACAAUCAACAUGAAGUUUCAGCCUUUUUUACUCAUAAGGCUCCAAAUAACCAAACUCAAAGUACCAAACAAAAGAAAUCUAUGGAGUGUGAAUACUGUCAUUUGACAAAUCAUAUUGUCAAUUAUUGUUGGAAGCUACAUGGAUACCCUAAAGGCCAACAAAGAAAUAAGCCAAAGAAAGGAUCUAAUUACAAGACUUCCGUUCCCAAUCAUAGUGAAUCUGAUGUGCAUGAUAAUCAGCAACAAAAUUCUGCCUCUGUAAGCAAGCCUUCAAACAUCUUUACUCCAACUCAGUACUAG